AUGGGCUACCUGGCUGAUAGACCACAGACUGUGCUCUGCAACAAUCCAGAAAUGACUUUGAUUCCCAGUAACAUUCCUCCUGACACGAUAAAACUGGUAAUCGAGAAAACAUUCAUCAGAGAAGUGUCCGCAGAAGCAUUCUCUUCUGCUUCCAGUUUGGAGUGUCUGAGGGUCUCCUUCAAUCCCAUCAGCUACUUCAGUGGGGACUGCCUUCGUGGUCUGAGCAAGCUGAGGGAACUUCGCCUGAACAACAAUGCAAUUUCAAGCUUUCCGUGGGAAGCCCUGUCCCACCUGCCACAUCUCUGGCUGCUUGAUCUACAUGGAAAUUACCUUCCUUCAGUGCCCACCCAAGCAGCCACUUACUUCCAAAACAUCUCCUACCUGGAUUUAUCAAAUAACAGGUUGACAACACUCUCAUCCAGCGUGAUCUCAACAUGGCUCACGGUUCCACAGGCGGCCAAAGUGAUCUCAUCCACUGGUAAUUCAAAACUGAUCGUAGGAUUGCAUAACAACCCUUGGGAAUGUGACUGCAGAUUAUCAGAACUAGUUAAUUUUGCUAAGAUGCACAAUCCAACAGCAGCACUGAUGGAUCCUCGAUUAGAAUGCUUCAGGCCGGAACAUCUCUCUGGCGCCCCCUUCAGCAACGUAAAGCUCAAUGAAUGCCAAAGCCCAAGCAUACACACUACAGAAGGUAAAGUGGUGGUAGUCACAGGGAGCACUGUCUCACUUUGCUGUGCAGCCACAGGAGUUCCUACCCCUACCGUCAGCUGGAACAGGCUGGAUAACAAACUACUGAAUGGGACAGUGAUACUGGACAAUACUGACAGGACACUAAAGCUGUCUACACUCAGCCUAGCAGAUGUAUCCUAUCAGGACUCUGGUGAAUAUUUGUGUCGAGCCAGUAAUUUGAUGGGAAUAUCUAAUGCUACAAUUUCCCUUCUUGUGGUUGAGUCGGGGGUGACAACGGAACUGGUCAAAAGCACAUCAGGAAGGAGAUGUCUGAGGAAAAUGAGAAAUCAGAAAGCUGCCACACGCAGUAGGAAGCUGAUGACCAGGUACUUGAGUACCAUAAUCUCCACUGCAUCACCAACAGUGAUGCCAAGGAGCUCCUACACUAUUGAUAGGACUGACUACUUCGUCCUGCGUCGUAAUCAGAUGAAUCCAAAUGAAAAUGUCCCAGACAUUGUUUCCCUGAAGAUGAAACGUUCCAAAAUCAGUAGUUUUUUGCAAAAUCAGAGAAGCACCAAUGAUUCCUGGAAUAUAACAAUGAGUCCUGCUCCAACCCAACCUGAGGCAGACUGCUUAGUAAGAUCCGUCAGAGUCAUUGGGGGUACCCAUCAUAGUGUGUCCUUAGCUUGGAGGUCACCCAAGGCAACAAAUAUCACUCUUUUUAGUAUUUUAUACACCACGUUUGGUGAAAGGGACAUGAGCAGGAUAAACGUGGGUCCCGGGAAGACCAAGAUCACCAUUGAUGGUUUGAUGCCACAGACCAAGUACAUCGUCUGUGUUUGCGUCAAAGGAAUCAUACCCAAAAAAGAGCAAUGUGUGAUUUUCUCCACUGAUGAGGUGGCUCAUGCAAGUGGGACUCAGAAACUGAUUAACGCCGUGGUGAUCACUGUGGCCUGUGUAAUUGUGGUUCCUCUCACCCUCAUUGUCUGCUGUGGGGCCUUAAAGAGACGCUGCAGAAAGUUUCUGAUUAAACCCCCGGAAGACGAUUACCAAAACAACUCAUUUGUUACACUUGAAAGUCUAGCAGUGGCACCCGGGACAAACGUCACUGAAGAAGAAUAUAUGACUCAUCACAAUAAAGAUGAGGUCAACAAACUACUGUCUCCAAGGUCCAGUUUGGAUUCUGAGGAAGCACUUAGCAAUGAAGCACACCAACAUGAAUAUUUCUGUUGA